AUGGUUAUUACUACAAUUGAUGUUGAAACUGAUGUACGACGUCAAUACAAUAGACGUGUUCUUUUUUGUAUUCGAAUUAGGGCAGCUGCAUUACUAAUUGGUCUAUGGGAUUUAGUUAUUCAUUCAAUAGUAUUAUGUGCUUUAAUAUUUAUGUUUCGUCAACCAUCACCAUUGAUGAUGACAGAGGAUUCUCUUGUAGGAAAAAAUCUCUAUUCACCGUCAUCACAAAUAUCAUUAGCUGAAUCACAUCCUGAACAAACACCGGAUACAAUAAUGCAACAUAAAAAUUAUCUUUCAAGUAAUAUUUUAUUAAAUCGAAUGCUUGAAAAACGUAAUAUGACACGUAUGCCAGUUGGAUUGAAUACUCGAAAUUUUUAUUCAAAUCUUGAUUUAAUGACAGUUAAAUGGGCAGCAUCACUUAGUCCACAAGAUAAGUGUGUUGUUUUCUUUGUUGUUUUCUCAGCAACAAUUCUUAUUCUGGCACAUAUUUGUGGUAUUUUAACCAACAAACCAUCAUAUAUCGUUCCAUAUUUUCUAAUCAAAGUAUUUAAUGUCAUUAUAUCAAUUUUAUCAAUGUUAGGUUUUUAUGCAUAUAUGCCUGAUGUUACAGUUUGGCUUCGAAUGCAACCAAAUUUUCCAUUUAAACAAAAUUUACUUGAACUCGAUACUCAAACACUUCAACUUGUUAUAUACACUUUUCUUCUUUUUGUUAUUCUAGCUAAACUUUACAUUGCUGCUAUUAUAUGGUAUUGUUAUGGUUAUAUAACAGCAUUAACAAUGGCACGAUCAAUUGGAACAUUUACAGCUACAGAUGGUGUACAACCAAUUAUUGGAGAAAUGUAUUCUCCACCAAAAUAUGAAGAAGCUAUUAAAUCAACUAAUUAUCAGCAGGAGGCUUAUUCACCUCCUCCAUAUACACCAUUACUUCGUUCGACUAUGUAA